GGACAAGGAAGAACUGCUCAGCAGGCUGUGAAUAAGCGAAGAUGAGGAAUUAUGAGAUAUGUGUUUCCUUGGAAUUCUACAGGAGAGCCAUGAGGCUUCUCUGUUUGCUACAGCUGGUCAGUUUGGCUGUUUGUAGCACCUCCAGGUCAAGAGACUGGGCUCAUCACGGUGCCCCCAUGUUUGCUGACCUUACAGUUCGUGAGAUGAAAGCUGUCCGGGCUUACCUACAUGAUAUUCCCGAACUGGAGCUCACUGAUGCCCGUAGCAAGACUUUGAGAAAGAACAGUAUCCUUCUGAUAGAACUCCAUCUGCCAAGGAAGCCUGAAGCCCUGAGAGCUCUGGAUCGUGGACAGGCCAAACCCCCGCGUCAAGCCCGUGUGAUCAUCCAGUUUGGGAACCAGACUAAGCCCAACAUCACUGAGUAUAUUGUCAGUCCUCUGCCAUCCCCAAAAUCUCAUGAGGUCAAGACCUUCAAGGGGAAUAGACCUGUCCGCUUUCAGUCGAGGCCUAUUACUGCUGCAGAGUAUGAACAUCUCACUGGCAUGCUGAUGAAGAUCACAACUACAGCUCACAAGCUUCUGUCUGAGACCACAGGAGGGUUCUCCUUCACUAACUGCUCUGACCGCUGCCUGACGUUCUCUGACAUAGCCCCCCGUGGAUUGAGCUCAGGUGAGAGGAGAACCUGGAUCAUGUUGCAGAAGUUUGUGGAGGGUUAUUUCCUGCACCCAGUUGGGUUUGAGGUACUGAUCAACCAUGAGUCCCUGGAUCCAGAAAAUUGGACUGUUGAGAAGGUAUGGUACAACAGCAUGUACUUUGACAGUGUUGAGGAACUGGUAGAAAAAUAUGAAUCAGGUGGUGUGGAGAAGGUCAAACUGCCUAAGCAUGACGACAAUGACCUCUACUCCACCUAUAACCCCAGGGGUCACAGCAACACACCCACUAAUAUUCAUGGACCAAAGCUUGUGGAACCUCAGGGGCCUCGCUAUCACAUCGACCGCAACUUUGUUGAAUAUGCUGGAUGGUCUUUUGCCUUCCGAGUGCGUUCAUCAGCUGGGCUUCAAGUCUUUGACCUCCGUUUUAAUGGUGAAAGAAUUGCCUAUGAGAUCAGCCUCCAAGAAGCUAUCGCCUUUUAUGCUGGUGAUACUCCUGCUGCCAUGCAAACAAAAUAUAUGGAUGCUGGCUGGGCAAUGGGCAUCUCAUCCUUCGAGCUGGCGCCUGGAAUCGACUGUCCAGAAAUUGCUACCUUUGUUGAUCUUUACCACUACUAUGACACAGACAAACCUGUGCACUAUAAAAAUGCACUCUGUAUUUUUGAGAUGACCACUGCUAUGCCACUGAGAAGGCAUUUCAAUUCCAACUUCAAGGGAGGAUACAACUUCUAUGGGGGACUGGAAAGCACUGUGCUGGUGAUGCGGACGACUUCAACGGUUUACAACUAUGAUUACUUAUGGGACUUUCUUUUUUACCCAAACGGGGUGGUGGAGGUAAAGGUUAGCGCCACUGGAUACAUACAUGCCACUUUUUUUACACCUAACGGACUUCAUUAUGGCAACAAGGUGUACAAUUAUGUGCUGGGUAACCUGCAUACACACCUUGUCCAUUAUAAAGUGGACCUUGAUAUUUCUGGUCGAGAGAACAGCUUUGAGACAAUGGAUCUGAAAUUUGUCAACUUCACAAAUCCCUGGAGUCCAAACCAUACCAUCAUUCAGUCCAAACUCCACAGGACAGAGCACAAGACUGAGCGAUCUGCUGCUUUCCAGUUUGGCAAAAAGUUCCCCCGCUAUUUGCACUUUUACAACCCCAAUGAGAAAAAUAAAUGGGGGCACCAGAAGGGUUACCGUAUUCAGUACAACUCGCAUGCCCACAGUGUCCUUCCAAAAAGCUGGAAAGAGGAAAAAGGCAUCAGUUGGUCAAGAUAUCCUCUGGCUGUGACCCGUCAUAAAGAUAGUGAAGCCACCAGCAGCAGCAUUUACACCCAGAAUGACCCCUGGGAACCUGUUGUGUACUUUGAGGACUACAUUCGCAACAAUGAAGACAUAGUCAAUCAGGACCUGGUCGCUUGGGUGACAGUGGGCUUCCUGCAUGUGCCUCACUCAGAAGACAUUCCCAACACAGCAACACCUGGCAAUGCAGUGGGAUUCUUCCUCCGACCUUUCAAUUUCUUCGAUGAAGACCCAUCAGUGGCAUCUAGAAGCACAGUCAUUGUCCGACCAGGCCAGGAUGGAAAACCAAAGGUCCAGAGAUGGACACCUGAGGUCAUAGGUCACUGUGUGACGAACAAGCCAUUUUUUUACAAUGGCACUUAUGCAGGGAUCUAGACGUUUCUUAGUCUCCCAAAACGUAUUUUACCAUCUUUAAAAUGUUUGUUGCAUUUAAAUAAAUCACAGAUUGAGGACCUGAGAUUAAUAACAAUCAUUUUAAGUACAUACUGUACAUUGACAUUAUUAUAUUCUGUCAAACAAUGUGAUAGCCUUAUAUUUUUACCAACUUUAAGGUUUGAAAACAUCAAAAAUUAUUUAAAAAAUAUGGAAAUGGAAAAAUGAUGGAAAAGUGGAUAGUAAGCGGGCUUUUUUUCAUAAAGGAAAAUGUCCUGUCAUAGCUGGUCAUAUAAAACUUAAAAUAAUAUUUUUGAUACAAGUAUUUAGUUGCAGACUCAUGCUAAACUAGGUGCUCUCCAAUCCUGCUUUUUCAAAUUAAGAAAAAAACAUGGAUUUAUGAUCCAAACAAGAUAUUGUAUAAUGUUACUGCGCAAAAAUAAACCAUGUAUGUAACCUAGCAAGGGCAAAAGGGAGGUGGUGUGGGUAUGAGAUGGUCUUGUGAACUCCAGUAAUCCUAAAUUUGGUCUCCAGGGCUAAGAUUUAGCAAGAGUAAGCAUCCAGGAUGCAGGAUGCUCUGUAUCCGCUUUUUGUGGGAUAAACCGCAGUACCUCAGCAUGCUCUGCUUGACCCGCGGUGGGAAUGUUUUUGCUGGAAAGACAACAGGCCUUACAGAGCAAACAGCCUGAGUCUGGAUCCUUCCCCACAAACAUUGCAGGAUGCCGCCUGCUGCGCCGUUACCCCUGGUAACCUAACUUUAUUUACCAUGUGACAGAAUGUAGAGAAUACCCAGCAACACAUGAUACUACUUUGUUGUUUUUGUGUGCAUUCCUAACAUAGCAAUGUUACUUCACAGUUCUCAACCAAAAUAUGUUAUACUGUACUAAAUAAAUCAAACAGUUGUCCUCAUAUUGCAUGUUAUUGGUUUGAUUUUGAGUGAAACAUUUAUGUAUUACUCAUUGAUUAAUAAACACAGAUCUGCGUUUACCAGCCAACUAAAUCUAACUGCAGAGGAGAGUGGUGGAUUUGCAGUAGCAAAGUCAAUUUGUAUGAAAGGUAAAUAACAAUUUAUAGGGAAUAGUAGG